CAAAGCCUUGUUGGCUGCCGCUACAAACUCUCUCUCUCUCGCUCUCAAAUACUAAAACCCUAAUUUUCUUAGCUUCUCUGCAAAUCCUAAUCCUCCUCUCAAAGGUCGCAAAAAGCUUCUCUCUCUCGUGCUCACCGCCAAGAUGGGAAGACCCAAGAAGACUCGCGGGAUGAAGAAGCAGAUGCGUCUCGCCGAAGAAGAAGAAAUCCUCCUCCUCAAACAGUGGAUCGAAUCCCAGAAACCCGAUUCAGGAUCCAACCCGCUCGCCCUCGGCCCUCUCCCCGAACGCGCCAAGGUCGGAAAGCUCCAAGAAGACGGCGUUUUCUCCCGCUACGCCGGCGUCACGAGGUUCGACCAGCUUCCCAUAUCGGACAAAACGAAAAGAGGGCUGAAAGAGGCCAAGUUCGUCGACAUGUUGGAUAGCCAGAGAGCCGCUCUCCCUCACGCUCUAUGCGGCAGAGAUCUCCUCGGCGCCGCCAGAACUGGCUCUGGCAAAACUCUCGCCUUUGUUAUUCCGGUGUUGGAGACGCUGCAUAAGGAGAGAUGGGGUCCUGAAGAUGGGGUUGGGUGUAUUAUUAUAUCUCCCACUAGGGAACUAGCUGCUCAGACUUUUACUGUGUUGAAUAAAGUUGGCAAGUUUCAUAAGUUCAGUGCUGGCCUCUUGAUUGGUGGUCGUGAGGGGGUUGAUGUUGAGAAGGAGAGGGUUAAUGAGAUGAAUAUAUUGGUUUGUGCUCCCGGUAGGCUUCUCCAGCAUAUGGAUGAGACUCCUAACUUCGAGUGUUCCAAUCUCAAGAUUCUGAUUUUAGAUGAGGCGGACCGUGUUCUUGAUUCUGCAUUCAAAGGGCAGUUGGAUCCUAUCAUCUCGCAGUUGCCUAAGCGCAGGCAAACUCUGCUGUUCUCUGCGACACAAACAAAGAAAGUCAAGGAUCUAGCAAGGCUCAGUUUGAGAGAUCCUGAGUACAUUAGUGUACAUGCAGAGUCUGUUACUGCUACCCCAACUACCUUGUCGCAGAGUGUAAUGAUUGUCCCAGUUGAAAAGAAAUUAGACAUGUUGUGGAGCUUCAUCAGAACUCAUCUUAAUGACAGGAUUCUUGUUUUUCUUUCCACCAAGAAACAGGUCAAGUUUGUUCAUGAAGCGUUCAACAAGCUCCGGCCUGGAAUACCUUUGAAGAGCAUUCACGGAAAAAUGAGCCAGGAGAAAAGGAUGGGAGUGUACUCUCAGUUCAUUGACAAACAGUCAGUUCUCUUCUGUACCGACGUUCUUGAGAGAGGUCUUGAUUUUGACCAGGCUGUGGACUGGGUUGUUCAGGUUGAUUGUCCUGACGAUGUACCUUCUUAUAUUCACCGAGUUGGGCGUACAGCUCGUUGUAAUACUCCAGGGAAGUCACUCCUCUUUCUGACGCCUUCUGAGGAAAAGAUGGUUGAGAGAUUACAUGAAGCUAAAAUUCCUAUAAAACUCAUCAAGGUAGAAGAUCUCGUUCUCUGUGGGAGAAACCUUGAUCUUGUAUCUGACUUGGAUGGUUAUGUUCAACAACAGGCAAACAGCGACAAGGUGCAGGAGAUUUCUAGACAACUGGCUUCUUUAUUAGUCAGUUUUCCGGAUCUUCAAACCGUUGCUCAGAGAGCCUUCAUCACGUAUCUGAGGUCCAUUCACAAAAGAAGAGAUAAGGAGAUUUUCGACGUGACGAAGCUGUCCAUUGAGGACUUCUCUGCUUCACUUGGUCUUCCGUUUACUCCUAGAAUCCGAUUCGCAAACCUUAAAACGAAGAAGAAAGGAGUCUUUGAGAGUUCAAUCGAUAUUGAACCCGGGAAUGAUGAUGAUGAUGAUGAUAAUGUUGCUGCACCUCGUCGGGUUGUGAAGAGGAAAGAUCUUCUAGGUGAUGAUUUAGAGGAGGAGGAUUUUGCUCUCAGGCCAAAUGAAGAGGGCAAGGGUGGAGAUAAAUCAAACAAGGACGAAGGAGUUCCCAUGCCAGGAACUCGUGUUUCGAAAAACAAGAAGCUGAAGAUCAGCCAGCACAGACCAAGUGGGACCAGGGUUAAGUUUGAUGAGGAAGGCAAUCCAGUGGCUCCUUUAGCAGUAGUAGCUGCUUCCGCAACUGAGACUGAAGUUGCUCUUGAUGAAGAGGCAAGGAAUGAUUACUAUAAGAAAUUGGGAGAGCAACUGAGAAAAGUGGAUCAUGAGGACAAGAAAGUGGAGAAGGAAAAGAGGAGGGAGAAGAGAAUGAAAGCAAAGAUUAAGAGGAAGCAAGGAGAUAUGGAGGAAGAAGAAGAAGAAGAAGGUGAUGAACGCUCUGCAUCAUCAGAAGAAGAAACUGGAAGAAAACGUAAAAGAGCGAAGAAGACGUACUUUGAUGAUAAUGGUGAUGGAGAGGAAGGAGGAAAAAUCAACACAGAUUCUGUGUCCAUAGCUGAGCUUGAAGAAAUGGCUCUCAAAUUGAUAACGCAGUCAUGAAAAGUCUCCUACAGGAAACGUUUUCCUCUCUAGGCUCCCCCCAUCAUCUGAUUCUCCCAAGGAAGCAUUCAUUUUCUGAACCAAUGUGAUAGUUUCCGACAAGUUUUGUCUGUUUUUUUUGUCAAUCAAAUCGUGUUACAAAAAGUUAUUUUAUUUAGGGAAAAUUCCUUAAAAA